CACCGUCAUCUGUCCUCCCGGUGACCAAAACAGGGAUCGGUGGGGGAGCUGUCGGGGUGGAGCAGCUCUGCCAACACUACCAGCCAAUGUGAGAAAAAAAUGGAGCUCGGAGUCAGACAACGAUAGAGAUGUGAACUGUCAUACAUCAGUCACCACAUUCUUCGCCUGCUCGCCUGUCUAGCUGUCACCGUACACACCGCCGGGGCACACUUCGCCUUUAUGGCGGGUCUGACUUAUUUAGUGCUCCGGUUUUCGGGCUCCGCUGGUCGGUCCUACGGAGUGUUUUCCAAAGGCUUGACGAGGACUUUGUUGAUAUUUUUUGAUCUCGCAUGGCGACUGCGAAUCAGAUUCCCCUAUAUCUACCUCGUCGCCUCGAUGAUGUUUAAUGUCAGAUUACAGGUACACAUUGAAAUCCACUGAUCAAUCUUCAAUGCCUGCAUUUGGACAAAUAGUGAGCACUGCCAUGUUUCAGUCCUCUUUGAACAAAGAAGUGGCCGAUGCUGCACGUCGACGCAUAGAGAGGAAAUUUAAUUCUGCAAACUGGUGUGUCAAUGCAACAAUAUGACGUGGCUGGCUGUUGCAGUCGGCUCUCGUCAGUGCCUUUUGCAGUGGAAGGACAGUGGUGAUGUCUGCAAAAAACGAGCACACUUGUGCAGUGAUACGGUGGUGGAGGGUGGAGGGAACCGAUGCUUCACGAUCACCUUUUCAUCUCGCCACCUGAGAUUCAGGAGCCGCUCGUCCUGUGUCGGGUGAAGGGUGGAUUUUGACACUGCCUUUUCUCUGGAUGUUGAAGGACUGCGGUGUGGAGUUGAACACAAAAACAGAUGAUCGUUGCUGUGGGACUUUGUAGCUUCCCUUAAUCGUCUGACAUGUAUGUUUAUUAGGCGCUCAGUGUAAACAUCUCACAGUAAAAAACUGGAGCCAUUUCACUUUAAUUUAAAAAGUAAAUAUCUACACAGCAUGACACAAACAAGCAUGUUUUUCGCCCCCUGUGGCACUUAAUUGAGGUUAGCUGUAUAAGCGGUACAUGGUCUUUCAACAGAGGUUUGCUGUAGGUUAACACAACAGCUACCACAACUGUUCUUCUGGGAAUUUGCAGCCUGUCAGUCAAUGCGGUCUCGAAUCAGGAAUCACUGCAUGUCCUCUUUGUGUUUGUACCCACAGGUUGUCAUUCUCACUGUUGUGUUUCUGCAUAUCAGUGGCACUGGGAAGGUUACAUCAGUGAACAAUGUUACCUUCAAAACUAUUUUUGUAGCUGCAUUUGUCCAGAGUGUUUAUCUCUGUGAUAAAUGUGUGUUUGGGGAUUUUGAAGUCACAGAAUUGAGGAGAGGGAUGGUUGAAUUUGAAAAGUAAUAAAUGAAUGAAAUCACCA